AUGCUGCUCCCAUCUGCUCUUCCUUGCGAUGCGCGCCGGUCGUCUCGCUUCUCUCCUAGCCGUCUCUUCACAACACCUCCCCCAUCAGACACCGGCUAUCCCUCAGGAAGUGGCCUACAGGGCACCUGCCGCGCACUACAAUCUCUACUCAACGGAUCGCCGACACCAUCGCCACAGCACUCCUCCAAACGUCUUCAAAGCCCACUUCCUAUCAUCUCCCCGCGCCGCUCACCGCGAUUGCGCCAGGUGGCUCCUUCUGCGCCUCGACCAACAACUCCUCCCAUCACCACUGUUUCCACACCACCACCCGCACCAAAGCGCACCAACAAGCGCCGUCGCUUUGACAGUGAAAGCGACAACGAAAUGGACGCUUACAGACGCGAUCUUUCCUCAACUCCAAUCAAACGCCGGCGGCACGUCCCCUACAAUCUACCGCUUGGUUUUUCCCAGACAACUUGCUACUCUCUACACUCGCCACCCGUCACACAAUCACCCCCUUCUCCAGCCCAGCGCAACAUGGGCCGCUUUUUAGAAUCAAGUGCACCCAUUCAUCCUGAUUCACCCAUUCCCUCCAUUGAACAACCGGAGCAGAACGUGCGCUCUGGGGAGUGGACUACUGCGCAGGAUGAGCGUCUUUUCGAGCUGGUUCUCGAGAAGUUUGCUCUUUCCCAACAAGAUUUGGAGGAGUGUGCGCGCCGAAUGGGCCGCAGUGACUGUGCCGACGUCAGCAACCGGCUGCAAUCUUUCCUACAAAAUGGCCGAGUUACACUCCGACAUGAACGCCGAUAA